GGUUAUUUUGGGUUUUUUUUCCAAUUUUAGGUCACAAUGGAUAUUACAAGGGGGAGCUCGGAUAAAAUUUCAAGGCCUACAUCUAGCUCAAGAUCUUAUCCUAACUGUAGGUAUUUAAAUACAUCUCUGGAGUUAUUAACACCUGAGCCAUGUUUGCCAAAGGUUGAUUCACCUGUCAGUUUGGCUGGUAGUUAUCAAAGGGGCAGUCUAGAAGACUGCUAUCCAGAAGAAAACAAAGGUGAUGACAGAGAGAAGUCUGAUGUCAAGGAAGUAAGAACCGAUCAGCAAACUACAGUGGAGAGUACGACCUUCUUUCUUCAGAAAUGUAUACUGAAUCCCAACAAGUUGUCAGGAUGCAUCUCUAAUUCAGAUUCUGGAGAUGAUAACACUGAAACACAGACUUUGAAAUUCUGUGAACUUUCCCAAGAAAAACUAAGUAAUGCAAAAGCAGCAAACUCUUCCAACUUGGAAUAUUCUGAAGAACCAGAUGUAGAUCCUCAGAUUCAAGCAGCUAUAAAGAAAAUGAAUAAACUUGACACAAUACUGGCAAAAAAACAUUUUAAGGAGAGAGCAAUUAAAAAACAAGGUGAAGAAAUGAGGGCAAAGCUCUGGGAUGAACUUCAGUCUAUCAGAACUGCUGGAAGCCAUGAGGAGACAGAAAACACAAAACUUUUCUUAGCUUUGAUCUCAUCAUGGCAAGAUACAGUUGAUCCCUCCCAUGCUAAAGAAGAUGAAAUAUGUACUUCAAUAUUUCACACACAAAUUAAUCCAGAAGAUUAUGAUUGCGAUAAACCCCAACAUAAUCAGGAUUAUCCAAGUGAAUUAGAAACAAAUGAAUUUCUUAAUCAUGCAGAAAAAACGCAUAGCAAGAGUAAAACCAAACAGGAUUUCAUUAAGAAGAACAUUGAGCUAGCAAAGGAUUCAGGAAACCAGAUUGUUAUGCUUGAGCGAGAAAGGAAAAGACUAAUUGAACUAUUGAAAGAUAUAGAAGAUGGAAUUGAAUUGCAAGGUCUUGAGGAGGAUGUAUCUGGCUGGCUAGCACCAGGAGAAGGGUACACACCUGAACUGAUUCAAUUUCAUCACCUAAAUGAGAUAGAUACUAAGCUUCAAGUACUACUGUCUGAUGGGGAUUUUUCUGAGAUUUCCAGCUGUUGCUCAAAACCUCCAAGCCAGAUUUAUCAGGAGUCUCUGGUUUAUGCAAACAGAAGCCUAGAAGCAGUUCCAGGUGAAAAGGUUCUGCGAGCCAAUAAGGAACAACGUGAUCAGCAAAAUCGUCUGAAAGAAAUAGAUCAUCAGCUGAAAUCCCUAGAGCGAAAUCUUACUGAAGAACAAACGGGCCUCUCUGAAGAGCAGCUUAAGACCCUUCUGGAAGAAUGUAUGCAGCCUCAGAGAACAAUAAGCAACGUUACCAUGCCAAAGUCUCAGGAAUCUCUUUCUUGCGGAUUAAGUCCCCCUUGUUACACAAGUCAAGACUCCACUUUUCAGUCCACAUCUACUCUUUCCAAAAUGUUAGUUGAAGACCAUAUUGUAGGGAUGUUAACGGCUCAGGAAAAGCCUGGACUUGAAGACAAAAGCUUAUGUGUUAAUGCAGAAAGUGAAAUGCCUGGCUACUAUAUCAGCAAAGCAUUGGCUGAUAGUCACUUAUCAAAGGAUUCAUUGGCCCAAACAGAGGAACCUGAUGACUUAGAAGGUUUACAGAAGAUGGGAGAUAAGAGUAUUACUGAAGGUUACUUUAUGUCAAGAGCACUCAACACAAAAAGGUUGAAGAAACCUUCUUUCUUGGGUGAACCAUUAUAUUGCAUCAGCAUGAACAAUGAGCCAUCCACAGAGGCUGACAUUCUCGGCAUACCACUGCAAACCAAAGUUGGUGAGACUCUUAACAACCCUUUAGAAUAGGCUUUUGAUUAUGAUGAAAAAAACCCAAGCAGGUUCUCACCAAAGGUAUGCACCAAUACACACUGAUUAUUAUGGUGGGGCAAGGAUGGACUUUUACAAAACAUAAGACUGUGCCAUAAAUAAUACAUACAAAAUAACAGAACGUUUAUUAAAAUUCUUGCCCUGACAUAAUUGACUAUAAGACUAGGACUCUUAUGAAAUAUAAUAUUGAUGUUGAUUAAUUCUGUCAACUGGAAAACAGCGUUGACAACACAUAUUGAUUAUCUUUUUGGUAGUAGAAAGUCAUGUUCACUGUUCUGUGGUGAGCAAAUAUUCUCCCAGUAGUUGGUAUAACAAUUCACACAAAAAUCCAAGUGUUUCUUGAAUUUUUUUAGUAAGAUACACUUGGUAGUAUAGAAACAAACAUGACCUAGCUAUAUUAAAAAUAAUAAAUUGCUUUAAGGGAUAUAUAUAAAUUGCUUUAAUUUAUGCAUCGAAGAUUAAAAAAAUAAUAAAUACUGCAUAAUUCCUAUAAAUUACUUUUAGUUCAGUAUAGAAAUAGUAGACUUUAACCAGCAAAAAAAUUAAAUUCACCCUAUCUGGUAUUAUAAAAAGAUUUUGGAAAUGUCUCUCUUUGUUAUGUCCUUUACUUAAAUGCAAUUAUAUAGUGAUAUUGUAAUCUAAAUCUACAUUUAGAUUUUUAGCCUAAGACCACUUCUCUUCCUGGAAAGCAAACCUUUCAAAUAAACCAGAUUUUAGGCAGCUCCAUCUACAUCUUUCAUUUCUUUCAUAAAAGUUGUGACAGUAUGAAGUUGUUUGUGAUUAAAGUGCUAUAGUUUAAUUGUAUUAGAAAUCAAUAAAUUUUGCUAGGUUUGCCAAGAUA